AGUUGUGGACCAGAAAUUUGAUACGAACAACAAAGUAAGUUCCGGCUGGAGUCGCACCUUCAGCUGGAGUUGUUAGGGUAAUGUCAGGUAGAUCUACGGGAACAUCUCGGACAUACGUGCUUAAAUGUGAGCUUCAGGCAGGUCUGUGCUGUUUUCGUUGUCAGAGUGAAUGUGAGUUUGAAACGUUCGGCCAAUAUCAGAUAGGUGAGACUGAGCGUCCCCACCUUCCACUAUCACGAUGACGAGCACAACACCAACCAACAACAUGACCAGGGUAGCAUUGGAUCAGAUCAAGAAAAACCUGGCCAAGAGAACUUUCAGUGUAAAGUUUGAUCUGCAGGACACAGAUUACAAACCCAUAGAGAACAUUGGCAUUGGAGCAUAUGGUGUUGUCUGCUCAGCCACUCACAGAAAAACUCAAGACAGAGUGGCCAUCAAGAAGAUUCCUCACGUGUUUGAUGCACUGACAGUAACAAAGAGAACAUAUCGAGAGAUCAAGAUCCUGAAACACUUCAACCAUGAUAACAUCAUCAAUAUCAGGGAAAUCCUGAAGCCAAAGCAGGAACUUUUCCAGGAGAUCUAUGUAGUGUUUGACCUUAUGGAAAGUGAUCUGCAUCGCAUCAUCUACACACAACAAGAACUGACCGAAGAACACAUCCGCUACUUUCUCUACCAGAUCCUGCGAGGGCUGAAGUACAUCCACUCUGCCAAUGUCAUCCACAGGGAUCUCAAGCCCAGCAACCUCCUCGUCAAUGAAGACUGUCAUGUCAGGAUCGGAGACUUUGGUAUGGCCCGAGGUAUCUUUCAGACCCCCGACGAGCCGUGCUACUACAUGACCCAGUACGUGGCUACCCGAUGGUACCGUGCCCCGGAGAUCCUGCUGUCCCUCGUGGAGUAUGGGACUGCUGUUGACAUGUGGUCUGUUGGGUGUAUCUUCGCAGAGAUGCUGGGCAGAAAGCAUUUGUUUCCAGGGAAGGACUAUAUCUCCCAGAUCAAGCUGAUUGUGGGCGUGCUGGGGUCCCCUACAGAGGCAGUCCUCAAGAACUGUGAGAAUGACCUCAUUAAGAGAAUCUUGAAAGCUCUGGGUCACAGGCAGGCAGUGCCGUGGAAGACGCUGUUCCCCAAGGCCAGCAAGAAGGCAAUUGACCUGCUAAGCAAGAUGCUAACAAUCAAUCCAGCUGAACGAAUGACUGUAGAGAAAGCUCUGGAGCACCACUAUCUGUCAAAGUACCAUGACCCAGACGAUGAGCCCAUUUGUGUGCCAACAUUUAACUUUGACUUUGAGAAGAAGGACAUGAGUAAGGAUGACUUGAAGGAGGUGAUAUACAAGGAGAUCAUGGACUUCCAUCAGCCAAAGACACCCACUCUCAGUUUCAAUGCUGUGCUGAGACCGGCACCUAAGCCAGAGUCCCCACAAGAGCCAGAAGUUGUCAAGGGGGACUCUGAACAUCUUGAUGACCUUUUGAAGGCCCUGCAGCAACAGCAACAGCAGCAGCAGACUAAAGCAGGCAAACACGAUGACAUGAAGGCAGAAGCCACACACACAGUCAAACAGGAAGACAAGGUGUUCAAGAAGCCAAUGCCACAAAGAAGCUCCAUUGUUACUGUGGACACAAAUGCCCUGGUACCACCACACUCUGUGGACAUAGAGAUGCUCAGUGCAAAGUCCACUGACGGCAAACAGGAGAUGGACAUCAUGCCUGUGAUUAAAGCAGAGGUGAAGGGGGAAGACGGUAAGCAGCAGCCACAGACAAAACAGCAGCAUGUGGAAAUCAAGACAAUCUCAUCUGACACAAAGGCCUUAGUGAAGCAGGCCCUGCUGAAUGCCAGCCAAAGGAGACAGAGAACAGACUCCACCAGUGAGGACACGGAGGGGAAGCGCGUGGUGACUGCUGCUCAGCGGCAGAAGGAAAGAGAAGAUAAACGGAAGAAGAAGAGAGUGAGAGCAAAUGAGAGAGUUAGAAGACAGAAGGAAAAACAAAAUCAGAAUGUGCUAUCAAACGAAGACAAGGAACUUCUGAAGAGAUGGGCGUGUAUGCAGAAGAUUGCUCCAGCCACUGGAGUUCCAGCUGGUCAACUGGGAGGGCCCCAGGUCAACAACCCCACAGUCACUCACAGUCUGGCCAUCAGCCUCCAGGGUAACAGCCUGACACUGACACCCAUGACCCAGCAGCCUCUGCAGCCAGCUCACCUACAGACACUACAGGUGCAGCCUGCCCUACCAACCAGCCAGGUGCAAAUACAGACGGUUCAGCUGCAAGGGGGGCAGGUUCCCACCCUGCAGAUCCAGGGACACCAGGGGGCCCAGACUGUACAGAUACAAGAGCCUGUGUCUGUACCCACUGUAGCCACAAGCACAGUGCCUUCCCAUCAGCCUGCAGUCAUCUCAAGCACAGAAGGCAAGUCUCAGCUGCAUGCUGGAACACCAAGCCACACACAGAGUGGCGAGAGUGUACAUCCAGUCAACACACAGUCACCACCUUCUCAGCAUAUCCACCAGACGUUGCCUCCAGGCUCGAUAUCACUACAGCAAGACACACAGACCAUGUCCCUACCCGCAGCCCCGCUAGACAACACGCAGUUGCAGGUGGACAUCAACCACAUGCAUUCCUUACUGACAGCAGCAGACACUAGCACAUCCACUGGAUGCAUGUUUCAGUCAACAGAAGCUCCCCCUACAGGAUUCUCAGUGCCAAAUGUAAAUGUCAGCAAUCAAACCACUCUACCCUCCCAAGUACAGCAGUUUAUCAAUCCUGUUGCAUCCCAUACUGUCAUGCAGAAAAGUGUGGUCGAUACUCCAUGCCUCAACCACAAUAAUACUACAAAUGGCCAGUACUGUCAUAGCAACACAACAGUGCCAGUAUCAACUCUCAACUCCAAUGUUUCUCAGUCAAGUGAUACAGUGACCAGUCCUGGAUUCUCCACCAUCACUUUAGAUGGGCUCGACUUUUUCAACAACAUGGGACUUCAAAGUGAUACCCAGCAGACACCAACAGUUGAGACAGCUCUUGACUUCCAGCCAUACCCAGACCAGCUCCCAGAAUCUCGAACAUCCCCACCAAAGAGACGCAGCCUGGACACUGGAUAUCAGUCCAGUCCCACAUUUCCAGUGGAGGGCGUUGCUAUGGUGCAUUCUAAUAGUGCACCACAUUUCACACAAAUGAGUUCAAGCAGUGGCUCACCUGAACAUACUCCUUAUGUCGGUCAACCCUCUUUUACCAAUCAAUCAGUUCCAUUCUCCAAUUACCUGAAUGAACAAAGUGGUACCAAUCCAAGUUUCUCUGGGAAAGAAGUUGCUGUUCAUCUCCUUGGCAAGACCAGCCCUGACCAGGCCAGUGGCGUGAGCAGCAGGAACACCUCUGCCCUGAAGAUCAAGUGCAACUCCCCACCUCAGGCACAUGCCCAGCCAGACCUGAUUGCCUUGCUCAGUAAACAGCUGUCCAAAUCUCAAGUGGAAGACAUCUUCCCACCCUCGCUGUCACUCACCCCUAAAGGAACUGGGGGUGGAUAUGGAGUUGGGGCCGACCUGGAUGCACUCAUGGUUGAUGCAGAGAGUGCACGUUUGGAGCAAAGCCCCUUGUCCUCCUCCCUCCUUGCUGACUGGAUGGACCUUCGGGGGAACAUCUCCCAGGCGGACCUGGAGGCCCUGGAACAUGAACUGGGACUUCCAUCCCCCAUGGCAGUGUCAUACAGUGAUGUCAGUCUCAAUCACUCUGAGCACAGGUUCUAGGUGCAAUCAUGCUACUCAUAAUACACAUGUGAGGAAAUCCGUGGACAGAUGGUGGAUGCUCUGGAGGAAAUGGUUGUGAUAGAUACAAACACAGCAUGUUGUAUUGAAGAUGCAGAAGAGGACCAGACUCAUUCAGAACAAGCUUUCUGUUCCUUUGCCGAAUCUGUCUCCCUCUGAUGACAACGAUGGCUUCACUGAAAACUGUUUUCUCACAAACAAGUCUGCAAGUUUCCAAGUCAUUCUGCCAUUGCAACUGCAUUUCAAUCUUUGGACUCAGGUGGUAUGAUAGAUUCCAACUGGGGUGUCCUGUUGUUUGUAGACUUGAUACACACACAGUGAGACUGGCGGUGUGGAGGACCAGGGUGUCCAGGAGAACAUCGUACAUAGGUGGAGUAGCCCAUACUCCAUUAGCUUCCCUCAUGGGAAAGACAGUGAUUGAGCUGCAUCACACAAGGUAUUGUUUAGAUGUAUCUACAAGGUGUUAUACUGUCACCCCUGCAAGUGUAUAUCUUCAAUAAAGUGUCAUGUAAUGUC